ACACCUGAGAAUGUACAAUCUUAGAUGCUGCAGUCUCAGAGCCCUUUUUCUACUGAUGCUGUGUAGGUCAAUGCAAAUUUCUGAAGCUGAAGGAAAAGGUGAAAUUCUACCUCCGACUAUACAAAAAAUAAUAAAAGGAUACAACAAGUAUUUACGUCCAUUUUUUGACAAUGGUCCUGUGUCAGUUGGAAUGAGUCUGGAUAUUGCAAGCAUUGAUACAAUAUCAGAAAUAAAUAUGGACUACACUGCUACCAUAUUUCUAAGGCAGCGGUGGACUGAUGAGAGACUUUGUUUUGAUGGCAAUAAGAGUUUAAGCUUAGAUGGUCGGCUUGUGGAAAUGCUUUGGGUACCAGAUACCUUCAUAGUUGAUUCAAAAAAGUCUUUUCUUCACGAUAUCACGGUUGACAAUCGUCUGAUAAGAAUAUACCCGAAUGGAACAGUCUUGUAUGCUCUACGGAUCACGACGACGGUUGCAUGCAGCAUGGAUCUGACCAAAUAUCCAAUGGAUAAGCAGACGUGUACUUUGCAACUGGAAAGCUGGGGUUAUAACAUCAAUGAUGUCAUGUUUUACUGGACUAGAGGAAAUGAUUCAGUUCGAGGUUUGGACACGCUCCGACUGGCACAAUACACAGUGGAAGACCACUUUACCUCAGUGUCCGAAGCAGUGUAUGAGACAGGACAUUACCCAAAACUGGUGUUUCACUUUGAACUCAAGAGAAACAUCUUGUAUUUCAUACUAGAGACAUAUGUACCAUCAAUACUACUGGUUGUGCUCUCCUGGGUAUCAUUUUGGAUAAGCCAGUCAUCAGUGCCAGCCAGAAUCUGCAUAGGUGUUACCACAGUCCUUACUAUGACAACACUGAUGAUGGGAGCCAGGACUUCACUCCCGAAUGCUAACUGCUUUAUUAAGGCUAUUGAUGUGUACCUUGGUAUCUGCUUCAGUUUCAUCUUUGGAGCACUGUUAGAGUAUGCCGUGGCUCAUUUCUGCACUCUGCAUCAACUCAGCUCAAAGGAACUUCCAAAGAAUGAGGAUGAAGAUGAUGAAGAAGAGAGGAAUGGAGUCCUGGCAGCCGUCACUAACAGUUGCAGUGCCCCUGACAAUAUGAACAAGAUUGAUUCAAACAAAAGCAGCAAAACUAGCAUCGAUGGGAAAAAGGAGAGCAGUAAAUGCAGUGGCUGUAGUUCACCAAUGUCAGUAAUGAAAAGACUUUUCUGUAUCUUUGGUUGCUUCCGCGUUAAAAAUCCUUACCACAUAGACAACUAUGCCAGAUUUUCUUUUCCAUUAUCAUUCAUCAUAAUAAAUGUAUUUUACUGGGUAUAUUAUUUGUAUUUCUAAAUAUUUUAAUGUGUAAAAUUUGUUUAAAGUUUAGAAAGUGGAUAUGGAAGGGGAAAUUGCGGAAGAAUGAGGAAGUUGCAUUUGGAUAAAGGAUAUGAAAGGACAUGCUGUUUUUUCAAGCAUUUCUACGAAGUUUCUUGUUAACUUACUUUUCCACUGUUAAAUGACUGUCAUCCAAAACUGACUUUCCUAUUAGCAUGCAUGUCCUGUAUUAAACUAUUUAUCAAAGCCCAGAAGUCCUUUUAAAAUAUUUUAAUGGUCAACUUUGUAAAAUAAGAGUUAUAUUACUCUUGUUUCUGAACUGCAUUGAAUAUAUUUCAAAAAUAAAAAUGAUGGAGUUGUUUUCCUG